UUGGUCAAUUUUGUCUGUAUAAGACUGCGCUGCUACAAAGAGACAACAGAGCCAUGAUGAAGACUUUGUGUGUUGUUGUUGUGCUGAGUCUCUUCUCAGUGUGCCAGUCUGCAUCACUGGCCUGUGAGAAACUUCUGAACCCCCUGGACAAAGGUCCAGAUCUAUCUGGGAGUUGGCACAUCAUUGCUGUGUCCUCAGAAAACUGCUUGUUUACAGCAUUAAUAAAUGCUCUUGUUUUGCUAAGUGCUAAAGUCAACAUUACUUCAAAGGACACACCAAACACCUACGACACCAACUUUAAGAUUAAAAUUUAUGGAUAUUGUGUAAGUGAAUCAGAACCACUUUUCUACGUCAACAACACCUUGUUUGGUCUCGACAGUAACAAUGCCCCAACUGGUGAUCCAGAUGUGCUGCUGCAAACUGGCUGUCCUGACUGCAUGGUUUUAAAGGGGGUUGAUGUCAUUAGCACAUUCCUGCUUCUAAGCAAAAGAAAGACUGUCUCUGCAGCUGAGCUGAAGGAGUUUGAGACGCAGACAGAGUGUCUCGGCUGGUCCAAACCGCUGGUCUUAAACUCAGAUCAUGACUAUGAAAACUGCCAGUCACUGGAUGAUGACAACACUGACAUUGAUACUUCAGGACUAAUCUAUCAAAGAUUGAAAAGGACUUCUGCAGAGUCCUUCAAGUGUCUUGCGGAAAAUUUUCUUUCUUACCCCAGGGCUGCCUUUCAGUGGGCUCAGCAAUUCUGGUCAAAGCGUUAAGCUGUAGGGCAUCAGUAUCAUAUAUUGCCAAAUGUAUUCACUCACCCUUCCAAAUAAUUGAAUUCAGGUGUUCCAAUCACUUCAAUGGCCACAUGUGUAUAAAAUCAAGCACCUA